AUGUGUAUGUUACAAGAAGGCCUACAAUCAACUACUGUAGCAGAGAUUCAAGAAUUCUCAGAUUGGAUUGUUCAAAUUGGUGAUGGUAAGUUACAAGAACCUAAUGACGGUUUAGUUGAAAUUGAAAUACCUCGAGAAUUCCUAAUUUCAGAGUUCAAUGAUCCUAUACAAGCAAUUGUGUUUGUCAUUUACCCAAAUUUGAUACAAAAGCAUACUGACGAGUCCUAUCUACAGUGUAGGGCAAUAUUGACAAGUAGGAUUGAGACAGUCAAUGAAAUCAAUCAAUACAUGUUAUCACUAAUUCCAGGGGAAGAAAAGGAGUAUCUUAGCUGCGAUUCAAUUGAUGAAACUAAAUCUGCUUCAAACGAUAGCUACAACACUAUAACUUCUGAAUUCCUAAAUUCUCUCUCUACGUCUGGCCUUCCUAACCAUAGAAUCAAAUUGAAGAUUGGAGCACCAAUAAUGCUUUUGAGGAACUUGGAUCAAGCAGAAGGUUUGUGCAAUGGGAGCAGAUUAAUAAUAACAAGACUUGCAAACCAUGUUAUUGGAGCUAAGAUGAUUACAUGUAAUAAAGAUGAUCAAGACAUUGAUAUUCCACGAAUGUCAAUGUCCCCUUCACAAUCCCCAUGGCCAUUUAAGCUAAUCAGAAAAUAA